UGAGCUGGUGAUGUGUAGUUUAGCACCAAGUAAAUUAAAUAUGGCCGGUGUACUAGGCUCUGACUGCUUCUCAUUUUAAUUUCUCGAUUCCACCACUUUCAUCUUCAGCUUCGGCUUGCAAUUGUUGACAAUGACAACGAUGAGGUUAAUUUCUCGACUCCAAGCUUUCUAUAUAAAGCAUACCCCCCUUGCCCUCUCUCUGGCCUCUCAGCCUGUCUCUGUAUCUGUCUUUCUUGAUCCAUCGGCUUCCGCUAAUUAAUAUCAUGGAUCACGAGGAGAGGUUAAGCUUCUUCCCUCCGGACUCCUACUCCGACCUCGACAGCAGCUUCACAAGCUCCACCACGUCUGCCUCCACGUUCAGCGCCAGAAGCAGUCUCAGCCUCCCCUCCUUCUCUAACUCCACCACCUCCUCGUCCUUUGCCCUCAAUCCCCUCCCGCACAGCCGCUCCGAUAAUCACUGGUCUGCCCUCCGAGCCGCUGCCAACCUCUCUCCUGACGGUCGACUCCACCUCCACCACCUCCGCCUCCUCCGUCCUCUCGGCUCUGGCCACCUCGCUCGCGUCUUCCACUGCCGCCUCCACGGCUUUGACGACGACCACCACUCUCCCGCAGAAUUUGCCCUCAAGGUCAUCGACCUCGACGCUCUCAAGAGGGACAUCGCCAAGCCUGUAGUCCCUAACGACGACGACGACGACGACGAGAGCAGCGGCGGAAAGAUGUGGCACGUGCGGUCGGAGGCGCGGGCGCUGGCCGAGAUGGACCACCCUUUCCUGCCCACCCUCUACGCUCGCCUCGACGCCUCCCACUACGCUUGCUUCCUAAUCGACUACUGCCCCGGGGGAGACCUCCACUCCCUCCUCCGUCGCCGGCGCGGUCACCGUCUGCCAGCCUCCGCAGCUCGCUUCUACGCCGCCGAAGUACUCAUCGCUCUCGAGUACCUCCACGCUCUCGGUUUCGUCUACCGCGACCUCAAGCCAGAGAACGUUCUCCUCCGGGCAGACGGCCACGUCAUGCUCUCCGACUUUGACCUCGCCUUCCGUUCCCACGUGUCCCCGGCUCUCUUCUGCCGCCAUCGUCGCCGGAAUUCUCGCCCGAGGGGACGUUUCUUUUGCUGCGGUGGCAGCGCCCCUGCCUCCUGCGAGUUCGACGAGGAAGAGCUGGAGUUCGUGGCAGAGCCGUCGUCUGCUUUCUCGAAGGCGUGCGUAGGGACUCAUGAGUAUCUGGCGCCGGAGGUGGCCUGCGGAAGCGGCCACGGCGCUGCCGUGGACUGGUGGGCCUUCGGCGUGUUCCUCUACGAGCUCUUGUACGGGCGCACGCCGUUUAAAGGCGCCACCAAGGAGGCGACGCUGCGGAACAUCCUGACGCAAGAUGUGAAAUUCCCGGAGAGCGAAGAUGGCGAAGGCGGGAAAAUGGCCAAAGCUCGGGACCUCAUCACACAGCUCCUAGAGCGUGACUCGGCUGCUCGGAUGGGAUCUAUCCACGGAGCGGCAGAGAUCAAAAGGCAUCCCUUCUUCCAAAGCAUAAGGUGGCCGCUGAUUCGAUGCGCCCGACCUCCUGUCGUGGCGGGCUUGGUCGCUGGUGGUCCACAGCGGCGACCGGCCACUACUGAUCAAAGAGGACUGCCGAACUGGUGGAAUGGUUGGAGAAAGAGUGCCACCGCCUAUACUAUUACUAAUGAGAAGAACAACAGGAAGACGAAGGGGAUUAAAGUACGACUUGGAUUUGGGCUUGGGCUUGGGUUGGGAUCGAAAAGGAAGUUGUGGCAGGAGAAGCAUGGCGGAGGGAGAUGACGGCCGCCGGCCGCAAAGUGUUAUAGACGUAGUUGUGUUUAAUUGCUUAGCUCCCCUGUUCAUUCACUAUCGAGGAGUCUGUACAAAAUGAGUACGAAUAGAAUCCAUCUAUCGUGAUGUUGAUGCAUCUUGGAAUGCAAUUAAGUGCUAUAGUUUUGGUA